UCGCCCAAGGUGUAUGUAUUAAUUCGAGUUUCUCACCAGUUCACUCACUUCAUGUCGCAGGUGCAGAGCGCAGGCCCUUGCGCAUGCUGAGCGAAAUGCAGACUCGCGAGAGCUCUCCGUCUCAUUUGCAUAGAUGAUCUUGCUCUGUAGCUUAUGGCGUCAGCAUUCGCGUUUGGAUGCCUACUGUAUCUGCUGUCUUGGCCGGUAUGUAUGUCGAUUGCAUGUUCUCGUUGGUACUGUAUGUAUUCAUGUCCUGGUUAAUUCAUCGUAUGUCUCACGUCAGAAGACCUUGAGGAAAGUUCAAUAUGGAGUUGCAACGCGACAGGAGAAAAUAAAUGGGUACUAGACGCUUCGCCGUUGUCUUCAUCGUCUUCGCCCUUCAUUGCCUUCAUCCUC